AUGCUGCUCCUUCGCUCCCUUCGCUCCUGCCCACAGUCAUUUAUCUCUCGCUUUCACACAUCUGCCGCAUACUGGGCCUCUCGCAAAUCUCUCAAAAGGUUCAACCUUGCGGACAUCGGAGAAGGUAUCACCGAAUGCGAGGUCAUCAAGUGGAGUGUGAAGCCUUCGGCUGCCGUCCAGGUCUUCGACCCGCUCUGUGAGGUCCAGAGCGACAAGGCAAGCGUGGAAAUCACAAGUCCCUUUGACGGUGUCGUCAAGGAGCUCCUCGUUAACGAGGGUGAAAUUGCGAAAGUCGGCAAAGCUUUAUGUGUUAUUGAGGUGGAGGAGGACGUCGCCGAGGACUCGGACGCUUCCACUACCGAGCCUGAAGCGGCCCAGCAGUCCACUCAGCCCGUGAGCAGUGUAUCUAGCCCGGAAUCCAGUGUACAGCCGGACAGCCCUUCGCUGUCUCGCAGACCGCACCCACUGGAUCCCAAUGUUCCUCGGACAGCUUUGCAAACAACUUCUGCAGAUGUUCUUGCUACACCAUCGGUUCGCCAUUUUGCGCGGCAGAAAGGUGUAGACCUCGCCCUCUUGAUCCCUGGCAGCGGGAAAGCUGGGCGCGUUGAGAAGCGCGAUGUAGAAGCGUACUUGGCGAAUGUCACUCAGGGUACACCUGCACCUUCACAACCUUCCACGACGACGGAUGAGGGUGCAGAUACUGUGAUAGAGCUCGGUCGCACGAGAUACAACAUGUGGAAGGCUAUGGUGAAGAGUUUGGAGAUCCCUCAGUUUGGAUAUUCUACGACCUUUGAUAUUACAACCCUCCAUGACUACAUGGCUGUCCUGAAUGCUCAUAUCCCAGCCCAAUUCCUACCCCCUUCUCACUCGUCUUCCCGACCAAACCCGGCCAUCUCGCCCUCCUCCUUCUAUCCGCCUCCCAGCCCUCCUCCAGCCCCGGAAUUCGGGCACUACUCGCGUCUGACCUAUCUGCCCAUCCUCCUCAAGACACUCUCCAAGGCGAUGCUCGAAUGGCCGCUCUUCCGUGCCUCGAUCGUGGCACCCGCCGCUCCCGCAGACAAGCCCACGCUGGCGAUCCGGCCGCACGCGGACAUUAGCAUCGCACUCUCGACGCCGACGGGCCUCUACACGCCGACGCUCCAGCGCGUCGACGCCGCGUCCGUGUACGCGCUCGCCGCACGCCUUCGGCAUCUCUCGCACCUUGGCCGCCAAGUCCCAUGCGCGCUCACCCCUGCGGACAUGCCACGGCGCGGGGGCACCAUCAGCGUGUCGAACGUCGGCGGCAUCGGCGAUGCCGACCAUGCGUCGCCUGUGCUCGUCCCCGGCGGUGGCGUCGCCAUUGUUGCCAUCGGCCGCGCGAAGUGGGUGUGGGACGUCAAUCGCGGGGACGGGAAGGGCGAGCGCCGGUUGAAGGUGGGCAUCAGCUGGACGGCGGACCAUCGCGUCGUCGAGGGCGCGGAGCUCAUCGCGUUUGUCGAGGCGUGGAAGGCGUGGGUCGAGCACCCCCAAAGACUGAUCGCUGACGGUGUAUGA